CCCUCUACAGGGACGUCAUGCAGGAGAACUAUGAGACGGUGACCUCGCUGGGAUUCCCUAUUCCCAAACCUGAGCUGAUCGCCCGGCUGGAACGAGGGGAAGAGCCGUGGGUGCCGGAUCUUCAGGCCUGCAAGAAAAGAAGGCUUCCGAGAUGCCCCCAUACAGCAGGUGCUGAGCGAGGGAGUGAGAAUGAGGAGGGGAAUCAUCAUGAGGAAGUUCCCGGGGAAGUGCAACCACAGGGCACCUUUGUGGAAAGAGCUGAAGGGAAUUUUCCCCAGUGCUUGGAGCAGGGAGAAUCCUGGGGAAAUUGGCACAGGUCAGAGAGGCUUCUGGGAAACUAUCCAGGGAAGAAAGUGGAUGAAUCUAGUAAUGGUGGGGGAGGAAAGGAAGAUCCCAGAGCGCAGCAGACAAAUCCCAAGGAAGAAACACCCUGGCAGUACCUUCAGUGUGGGAAAGGAUUCACUGUGAGCUCACAGCUUGUGACACAUCCGACAAUCCUUACUGGAGAGAAACCCCUUCAAUGCUUGGACCGUGGGGAAAGCUUCAAUAAGCUCUCCGAUGUUAAUAACCACGGGAGAAGCCACAGUGGAGAAAAACGCUCUCAAUCCCUCGAAUGCGGGAAAUGUUUCAUUUCAAAGACACAAAUAAUUAGACAUCAGUUAAGCCACACAGGGGAGAGACCCCACAAGUGCUUGGAUUGUGGAAAAAGUUUCAUAACGAGGUCACACCUUGUUGAACAUCAGGCAAUCCACACAGGAGAGAGACCCCACAAGUGCUUGGACUGUGGAAAAAGUUUCAUAAGAAGGUCACACCUUGUUCAGCAUCAGGGAAUCCACACAGGAGAGAGACCCCACAAGUGCUUGGACUGUGGGAAAAGUUUCAGAAGAAAGUCAAACCUUGUUAAACAUCAGGCAAUCCGCACAGGAGAGAGACCCCACAAGUGCUUGGAGUGUGGGAAAAGUUUCAUACAGAUGUCACACCUUGUUAAACAUCAAGCACUCCACACAGGAAAGAGACCCCACAAGUGCUUGGAGUGUGGGAAAAGUUUCAUAGAGAGGUCAAACCUUGUUAAACAUCAAGCACUCCACACAGGAGAGAGACUCCACAAACCCCACAAGUGCUUGGAGUGUGGGAAAAGUUUCAUAAGAAAGUCAUACCUUGUUAACCAUCAGGCAAUCCACACAGAAGAGAGACCCCACAAGUGCUUGGAGUGUGGGAAAAGUUUCAUACGAAAGUCAAACCUUGUUGGACAUCAGGCAGUCCACACAGGAGAGAGACCCUACAAGUGCUUGGAGUGUGGGAAAAAAGUCAACAAUAUGCCUUGA